AUGGGUGGUGGAGACUUGAAUAUGAAAAAAUCAUGGCAUCCGCUCUUGAUUAAGAACCAAGAGCGUGUCUGGAAAGAAGAGCAAAAAGCUGCUGAAGAGCAGAAAAAACUUGAACAACUAAGAAAGGAGAAAGAAGAGGAAAGACAGUUGCAGGAAUUAAGGAGGUUGCAGGAAGAGGCUGGCGGAAGGAAGGGAAUCGAAAGGUUAGAAUGGAUGUAUGCAGCAGGUCCGAAUCAAUCUAGCUCCGGGCGAGCGCAAGAAAUGGAAGAAUAUUUGCUUGGCAAAAAACGAGUAGAUUCUCUUAUAACACAGGGAAAUACAGUAAGCCAGCUUUCCAACCAGUCAACCGAUAUAUUUAUCAGUGCAAUGAAUCCAAAUGCUAAUACAUAUCGUGACACACAAUCAAAAAUUCGCGAAGAUCCAUUAUUGGCAAUCAAGAAAAUGGAACAAGAUACCAUAAAAUCUAUUGUAACUAAUCCCAUAAAAAUGAAAGAAUUAAAACAGAGGCAUCGAUCUGAAGAUCGAAGUCACAAUCAUUUAGAUAGAUCACGCAAAAGACAUCAUGACAGAGAAAGAAGUAAAAGUCCAUACAGUAAUGAUCACCGCAGAAAUUCCGGGUCUCUUCCAAGGAAGCGAGAACGACGUGAUGAAUAUAAGUCGUCGGAAAAUAAUAGAUCAGAUAAUAACACAAGAAGUGGAUACCAUCACCACGUUGAUAGGAGGUAUACAUCUAUCGAUCCCAUCAGUAGUCUACCGCCAAGACGGCGUGAAUAUGAUUCUUAUAAGUCUUCAUUAGCUCCUCCGCGAGAUGGAGAAAAGUCACAAUUGAAAUGUGAAGAUGAAAAUCGUAAAAAUGGCAAUAAUAAAGAUCCGGCCGCGCAAAAACGCCUUCAACAAAUGAUGGAUGAUGCUAAAAAACUUGCUGAUGAGCGUAAAAUACGUGUUGCAGAACUUGAACGAGCAGAGAGCGACGAGGAAAAGAGAGUGAAAGAGCAUAUGGCAAAAAUCAAACAAGAAGGUGGACACUCGGAGCAUUUAAGGAAAUUAUAUAAACAAGCAAUUUCAUCUCCUCAGGCUCUAGAUUUAGGCGGACAAGUCAGAAAGUCUCGAAAUAUGUUGCAAAAAAAUAUAGGUGAUGAAUAA